GUGAGAAGUGUGAGCAAUAGAGAAUAAGAAGGCCCCGUCUUUGGACUCUUUCCCUCGUUUCCAUUCCAUCUCUCUCUCUCUCUCUCUCUCACAUCCUUCGAGAUCGAGAUACCACUCCCCUUCUCUCCUUUCUCUCUCUCUCUCUUCAGAGCUCUAUAUCUCUAUCUUCAAUGGCGGUGCAGGCGCAGUAUCCAUCAAGCAUCAUCUUCCUCAGUAGUAGAGCAGCAGAGCCGGAGAUGAAGGCUGGGGAUUAUACCCAAGCACCACCCAACUGCUGCUGCUGCUGGGUAUCUGGAUCAUCCGAGCACUGGGUUCUUCUCCACCGGAGGAAGUGGGAGUUCGAGGAAACGAGGCAGAGAAACGGCGUCAUCGGUGGUGGUGCCGGUGACGCAGUCGAACCAGCAGCAACAGCAAGGGGAUUGGAGUGUUUUCUUUGCAAGCGCCGGCGAUGAUGACCCCUCCUCUUGUUUCCACUGGUCUCCGAUUAGCGUUUGAGGAUCAGAGCCAGAGUCAGAGUCAGAGUCCAUCCAAUCCCUAUCCUUCUUCGUCUUCUUCUUCUCUAAUCUCAUCUCUUCUCGCCGAUGAUCUCACCGCCUUGAUUAACCAACAAGGAGAUGAGAUCGAUCGCUUGAUCCGAGCUCAGGCCGAUCAAUUGAGAAGAUCGUUAGCGGAGCGACGACACCGGCACUACCGAUCAUUGCUCGGCGCGGCGGAGGAAUCAGCAUCUCGUCGUCUCCGGGAAAAAGAAGCCGAGCUAGACCGCGCUGCUCGUCGCGCCGCCGAACUCGAAGACCGAGUCACUCGUCUCCGCGCCGAGUCCAUGGCAUGGCAAGCCAAAGCCCUCGCCGACCAAGCCACCGCCGCUAACCUCCAUUCUCAACUCCAUCAAGCCGCUACCGCUGCCGCAGCCGCCGCGGAUGCGAACGAGCUCCCCAUCGACGACGCCGAGUCAGCUCACAUCGACCCACGGCGAGUUGAGCCAUCAAAAGCUUGCCGGUCGUGCUGGUCCCGGCCGAUCUCGGUGGUAGUGAUGCCGUGCCGGCAUCUCUCCCUCUGCGCCGACUGCGACGCCGGCGCCUUGCCUUGUCCCUCUCUGCGGCUCCGCCCGCUCCGGCAGCGUCCAUGUCCUCCUCUCUUGAUCUCCAUCUCAUUUUCAAAAUUUAAAAAAAAAAUUUAUAUAUAUAUAUUUAUUAAAAAUUUCAAAAAAAGGUUAAAUUUUGGAUAAUUGAAAAAAUUAUAUAUAAAAAAAUCACCAGUAGUAACUCACUGGUCACUGGUUACCUUUUUUAUUAUUAUUAUUAUUUUGGAAAAUUCAAUUAAUAUAUUUAUUCUUUUAUUUGGGAAAUAUAUUUAAUUAAGACGUGACCAACAAACGGUAACCCACUUGGGUUGUCUGAAUCUUUUGUAUCUAUUGUUGUAUAAAUUGGGUUUUUUUCCUUAUUUAUUUAUUUAUUUAUUUGGUGUUGUUUCCCCGCGGUGAAGUUAUGGUAAUGAGCAUUGGACACCGUCGAUGCGGUCUGUUGUACCGCGAGAUCAGUGAGAGUGCCUCGAGGUGCGGGUUUGGGAACGUAUCUGAACCGUUCGAUUAUGUUUGGUAGUGGUGAUCGAGGUUAUGGUAUCUUGACUGGCAAUGCACUGUACCGCUUUAGUGGUGGUCCCGCGUGGGCUUGGUUCUCGUAUAACCUGCUACAUGGGCCUGGCCCAUUAAAAGAUAGGAGGAAUCUACGGCCCAUUGUGUUUAAACUCUCAAGAGCAUUUUGGUAAAUUCGUAAUUA